GUAUAUAUAUUAUACGACUACUUUAUACGGGUCGUAUAUAUCUAUACGGCUCGUAUACAAUGAAUUUCCUUUAUUUUAUUGUUUUAUUACUAUUUGACGCGACGUAUUAUUCCUCGAUUCACGUGCGAGUAUACGUAAGAUUCUCUGAUUCGAUGUUAUAUUCCUCGAUUCUCGUGCGAGUUAUGUGAUUAGACGUUAGAUUCCUCGAUAUUCGUGCGAGUUAUUUGAUUCGACGUUAGAUUCCUCGAUUCACGUGUUAAUCAUUUGAAACGAUGUAAUAUUCCGUAAAAUUCUCUAUAUAAAGGACACUAAUUUCUUUCAUUUUCAUUCAAUUUCUACUCGUUUCUUCUAUUUUUCUCUGUAUUCAAAUUAUUUACGCUAUAAUGUCGGGUUAGGGUAAUUUUUUUAAUGUGUUUGAUAACGAGGCGAAUCAGGGGAGUUAUGAUAACAAUGAAGAUAACAAAGCGGACAUGUUUGAUCCGAAUGCUCCGUUCGAUCCCAUUCUUGCGUCUGAUGCAGGUCAGGAUACUUGGGGUUUGGAUGCAAUUCAGCCUAAUUAUGCUGGUUAUUAUCCAUCGCAACACCCGGUUAAUUUUGAAGCCCCUCCUGUUAGUUUUGGAUCACCGACUGAUAGUUCUCAGACUCCUCCCAUAAGUGAUGGACCGCCGGAGGGUCCAAAUGCUGACCAGGAACGUAGUGAGUUUCAAAACAAGAAGGAAUUCGCUAGCAUGGAUGAAUUGGUAGAGUGGUGUAGAGACGUUGCACGCGUAAAUGGCUACGCCCUUGUCACCAAACGCACCAUCUACGAUAAACAGGGUAGCGGUCAGUUGUUAAAAAUCUGGCUUACAUGCGAUUGUGCCGGCGAGUACAAAUCAACAGCCACGAUCAGACGCAGCGGGACCAGGAAAACCGGUUGCAAGUUCCAACUGAUCGGGGCAUACAAAAAGAGGUUAGGUUAUUGGGAUCUAAGGGUUGAGGAAGCUAAACAUAACCACGAACCAUUUCUGUAUCCAGAGGGUCAUCCGUCCCUAAUGAGGUUGACUCCAUCAGAAGUGAGGACGGUGGAGCAAAUGACGCAUCAGAACAUAAAACCACGAGACAUUCUUGCUGCCAUUAAAGAAUAGAACCCCCAUAAUGUCUCAACAAGAAACACCAUAUACAACGCUCGGGCCAAAUUGGGUCGAAUGGAACAAGUUGGCGAGACUCCAAUGCAGAUACUUUUCAACCGGUUGGAGAAGGUUGGGUUUGUUUUUUACCAUAGAACAUCUCAUAAUGGCGAACGGGUCGAGGAUGUUUUCUUCAUCCACCCGGAGUCGAACAUGUUGUGGCGCGCCUUCCCGCAUGUGUUGCUUAUAGACACCACCUACAAGACGAAUCGGUACAAAAUGCCGCUAGUCCAGAUUAUCGGUGUUACAUCCACGUUGAUGUCGUUUUGCAUUGCUCAUGCAUUCGUAAGCAACGAGAAACAGGAAAACUUCACAUGGGUUCUACAGAGGUUGAAACACUCAUUAGACAGUGUUAUGGAACCCUGUGUAAUAGUAACCGAUAGAGAUCGCGCCCUAACGAACGCAUGUGCAACCGUGUUUCCCAGGGCUAGACAUUCAUUGUGUAGGUGGCACAUACAGCAAAACAUCUUCAAGCAUUGCAGGCAAAGCUUUAAAACAGAGGAUACAUGGGGGAGGUUUCUAUACAAGUGGGCGAGCUAAUUAACUCAACGACCGAUCUUGACUACAACUACUGGUACGAGCGAAUACGAUCAAACUUGCCACGCAAAAAAAAACCGACGAGAUUAUGAACUAUUUGGAUUCAAUCUGGUUACAACCAUAUAGAGACCGGUUUGUUUCGUUCUGGAGCGACCAACAUCUGAACUUCGGUCAAAAUACAACGAACAGGGCAGAGGGUCAACAUGCCCUUUUGAAGCAGUACCUAGGCAACUCUAAUUACACCCUGGAGAAAGUAGUACCACUUAUCGAUAAGCUCAUAAGAAACCAGGUGACAGAAAUCAAAGGCAGCAUUGAAACAAGCAGGAGCCGAACAUUGGGUCAUCAUAACAAACCAAUAUUUAAUCUCCUACUAAAGAAGGUUUCACAUGCCUGCCUGGAGUUGAUAUCAGACGAAGUAAAUGAAAUAGAAAAAUUAAAGUUAUAUAACCGUACAUGCGCGUGCCGUUUGUAUACAACCUGUGGGUUGCCGUGCGCGUGUCGGUUGGAACCGUAUACAACGAAUGGUCAAAUGAUCCCGUUGGAGUUGAUAGACCCUUUUUGGAGAAAGUUAAAUUUGGACUCCAUAGUCGAACCGAGCAAGGUGGACUCUUUCGACUUAGACGGCGAAUUUGCGCUUCUCAAACAACAUUUAAGUGCUCAGUCGAGAGAACUAAAGAAAAACUUAAUUCAAAAGAUGAAAGAGUUGGUACAACUCAAUAAGACGAAGCUUAAACAACCAGUUGUGCAAAAAAAGACACGAGGUCGUCCAACUUUAAAAGCUCAGCAACAAAGGAAGGAUGAUUCGUUUACGGAGCCUUCAAGACACAGCUUUUUUACAACGCAGGACCAGUAUAGUGAUUCACAAGAUGGGUUUGGCACACGAGAGUCAACAAUCGAACCUACCAGGCACAACUCGUUUGUCGAGUCACAAAGUUAUUGUACUGAAACACCUAUGUUCUUCAGCGAGAUUGCGAAAGGCGUUAAGAAUUCGAAAACGAAAAACAAGGUUGCAAAAUCAAAGGAAGAGCCACCAGACUUACCUUUGCUGCCUGUCGGACAAGUUAAUAUGUUCAUGCACUUCAAAAAGUACAUUCCACCGUGCUUCUAUCCACACCUCAGUCACAUACAAAAUGUGCAGGGUGAUGGUAAUUGUGGGUUUCGAUCUAUAGCGGUCGGCUUAUCACUUAAAGAGUGGCAGUGGCCGUUCAUACGGGAGCAUCUUCAUGAUGAGUGCAACCGGUUCCACGAAUUUUGGAAAAAGAUACAUGAAGUUCAGUACCAACAAGUUCUGCAAUCAUUAGUUUGGUCCAACCAUAUAGACGAAGCACCUCCACAUAAGUGGCUACAAAUGCCAUUCACGGGGCUUCUGAUAGCAAACCGGUGGAAUGUCAUUUGUCUCUUAUUAAGUGACCUUGGUUGUGCUUCAUUUUUUCCCAUGUUCACAACAGCCGAAGAAAGUAUUCCGCAUCGAACAGUCGCGCUUGUACAUGUACACAGGAACCAUUUUAUUCACGUAAGAUUAGAAGGGGAAUAUCCAAUGCCAACCCCAUCAGAAUACUGGCGACAACCGACACGGAAUACGCCAGCAGAAAGUUGGUAUCACUAUUACAAGGAACGUAUUGACCAAUAUAAUACGAUCGUUGAUGAAUAUAGGACCAGGGAUUACACAUAUAUAGGUGCCCUAUGAAUAUAAAAUGUUAUUUACAUGUUUUGACAAUUUGUAAUGAUCAACAUACACGUUAUAUAAA